GUUGUUUUUUUCUACUUUAUUUAAAGUGUUGUUGAAUCUCUGCUAUCGCUUUCGUUGUGUUUUACUCUAUUGUACUGAUUUCCCUUUGUUUUUCAGUUUUUCCAAUGCUUGUGAGAGGCAUUUUAAUUAUCUUUAUGGAACUGUUUGCUAACUGAAACUCAGACCUACCAUUCCGGACAUAGUUUUUCCAUUGCAGUCACCUUUAUGGAGCUGUUGCUGUUGCGCAGACCUUACUGAUGAGGCCUUAGGUUUAUCUGUUCACCCAUAAUGCACCGCAGUUUAGUUAAGGGAAACAUUUCUGCAUAGUCUUGAAUAUGACGGAACCACAGUUGAAGUAAGUAGUUUAAUUAUACAGUGAUACUCUCCAUCGAAUGUUAUUUAUAUUGUUGUACAAUUAUGUAAUUUCUUGCAGAUGCUCACAUUGUGAAAUGCCUCCUUUCCUGUCCCUUCAAAGUUUUGUGGCACAUCUAAAAACUCACCUAAAGGAGGAUAAAAGAGGGGAAAGUGUGACAUGUCCAUUUUCUUGCAACAACCGUGAUGGUUCUUUGAAAUACAUUUCCACACCCUCGGCUCUUAGUCAACAUCUCAGCAAAAUUCAUCCAACAUGGCUGAAAAGAAAAUAUAUUCUUUCCUUGCCACAGAUGGCAGGAACUGCAUCGGUAUCAAGUACUCAAGAAAUUGCACCACCAGUUUUAUCUCAAGUUCCUGAGACACCAGCAUUUUGUCCUUCGUUCUCAAAUGUUCAAGAUUUUUCACAACCCAGUUCAUCUCACAUUGAUCAGCAUUCACCGUUGUUUGAUAAUUUACCAGAAAUAGCUAAAUUUUAUCUUGCUCUCGAAGCUAAACAUUUGGUUCCUACAGUGUCGGUUCAAAGAGUUUGUAGUGGAGUAGCGAACCUAUCUAGUUUAUCGCAUGAGGCAAUUGCUCAAACUCUUCGUUCUAAGUUAUCUGGUGUUCUGCCUGGUGAAGAAAUUGAUGCUAACAUUUACCAAGUACAAGUAAAUGACCCCGUGUAUAAUACCCAUCAUAAUAAUAUUCCUGGACCUGAUCUGGCCACUGACUACAAACGUAAAUUAUUUUACAAAAUAAAUUAUCAGCUUCAAGAAGCUAAGGAGUACAGAAUUGGAAUAGACUCAACAAGAGAUGACUUGAAAAUAGCUUAUGUCCAUAUGAGAAGAACUAUUGAACUAAUGCUAGAAGACCCAUCAAUUCAAGAACAGGUUGAUGCCUCCUUAAUUCAAAAAGUUACUUAUUCAACAAGAUUUCCUGGUUCUGUAAUUAAGAGCUACAAGGAUGGCUCUGCUUAUAAGAAGAAAGCAGCAGCAACAGGUCGCACAAAGACAAUAGAUAUAAUAUUUUAUUGUUAUAGAUGAUCUCAUAGAUUUGUACAAU